CUUUGUGGAACUAGAAGGGUGGCUACCUGAAUAUUCCGUUUAUACGAACCGCUCGCCAAGGGUGUUCCCAUCUCGCGAGCUAGUAGCGGGGCGGCUAUACGAUUCAGCGCGCCUCACAUGUAGCAGCUGGGGCCACACGCCUGCAGUAGUUGCGAGGGAGCCAGCUUCCGCGCAUGUCGAGAGCAGCUCUAUUGGCGUGCGGACCGCGGGAGCGAGCUUGCAUCGCGUUUUGACACGACUUAGAACGAGACUAUUGCGCCUCGAGGUUAGAUUAUCGCAGCGGCCACUAUGGACCGGAAAUUCGAGUUUCGCAUCAAGGCGCUCGCUGUGGUGGCGACUGUAGCGGCGGGAAUCGCGACGAUGUACGCCGACUAUGGCGACAGGCGAACAGUGCUAGAUGAUCUGCAGGGGGCAUCAGAGGGCGUGCGGCGGUGGUUCCUGAGACCGACCAGGGAGGAGGAGGAGGAGAUUCGGAGGAGACUGGGCGGGGAGGAGAAGAAGUAGGGCAAGGCAUGAGUCCAGUAUUCCAUCCACACGCCACUGGCGGUGGCCCACUGAUUGUCUUCAAGAGACCCGCAAGUGUCUAUCAAAGCUCCGAGCUUUUCACACGUGGAUGUCAACUUAUACAUAUGUUUAUAUGUAGAGGGUACAACUCCAACCCUAUAUCUCCCCUGUACUCACUUGUUCUAGUACAUUCUGUU